UAUGCAGGUGCGAUUAUAAUUCAGUUUAGGGGAAAGCUGUUCAAAAGCAACAUGUUGUGGAUCUGCUGCACUCUCUUAAUCGCGUUCGCUCAAGGCCAAGAGCUUACAGAUUACCCAACUAAGGAUUAUUUCGACAUUGAUAUUAAAAAUGAUACAGUAAUGGAAUCAUCAAGAGCAGAAAUCUCCCUGUCAACAUUUCCACCAUCAACAGAUUAUAACAGCGAGGAUUAUCUUGAUAUUGAUAUCAAAAACAGUACAGGAAGAGAAUCACCAGGAUCAGAAAUCCCACCAUCAACAUUUCCAACAUCAACCGAUUAUGUUACCGAUGAUUAUCCAAAUUUUGAUAUGGAUGAUAGUGCAGGGACCACAUCAUCAAACGCAGAAAACAAUCAAUCAACAAUUUUUCCACCACCAACAGAUUAUGUUACCGAUGAUUAUCCAAAUUUUGAUAUGGAUGAUAGUGCAGGGACCACAUCAUCAAACGCAGAAAACAAUCAAUCAACAAUUUUUCCACCACCAACAGAUUAUGUUACCGAUGAUUAUCCAAAUUUUGAUAUGGAUGAUAGUGCAGGGACCACAUCAUCAAACGCAGAAAACAAUCAAUCAACAAUUUUUCCACCACCAACAGAUUAUGUUACCGAUGAUUAUCCAAAUUUUGAUAUGGAUGAUAGUGCAGGGACCACAUCAUCAAACGCAGAAAACAAUCAAUCAACAAUUUUUCCACCACCAACAGAUUAUGUUACCGAUGAUUAUCCAAAUUUUGAUAUGGAUGAUAGUGCAGGGACCACAUCAUCAAACGCAGAAAACAAUCAAUCAACAAUUUUUCCACCACCAACAGAUUAUGUUACCGAUGAUUAUCCAAAUUUUGAUAUGGAUGAUAGUGCAGGGACCACAUCAUCAAACGCAGAAAACAAUCAAUCAACAAUUUUUCCACCACCAACAGAUUAUGUUACCGAUGAUUAUCCAAAUUUUGAUAUGGAUGAUAAUGCAGGGACCACAUCAUCAAACGCAGAAAACAAUCAAUCAACAAUUUUUCCACCACCAACAGAUUAUGUUACCGAUGAUUAUCCAAAUUUUGAUAUGGAUGAUAGUGCAGGGACCGCAUCAUCAAACGCAGAAAACAAUCAAUCAACAAUUUUUCCACCACCAACAGAUUAUGUCACAGGUGAUCAUCAAAAUUUUGAUAUAGAUGACAGUACAAGGACCACAUCAUCAAAUUUAGAAAAUAAUCAAUCGACAGUUCUUCCACUACCGACAGUUGUGCAAAAUACGACCCAUUCCAAGACAACAUUUUUCACAACGAAACCUUGGAAGUUUAACACAACAUCAUCAACCAUGAUCCAGACCAGCGACAUAUUGAAUACCAGCCAAACAACAAAAGUUACCACAACCAGAUGCCCUAUAGUCACUUUACAAGACCUUGGAGUCAUCUCAGCAGAAAGCAUCAAAAACACAAGUUUCACCUUGAAGUGGUCAGACAAUACCUCUGAAAUAUGUGGAGGCUACAACAUUGAGAAAUCAUCUGAAAUUGGAGGUUUGCUCUGCAUUCUCAACUUCCACAACAACACGUGCAGCUUAUUCGGUCUCAGCCCAGGUCAAACCUACACAGUCAAUGUUCACCUCAUCAGCAAAACCAGUGCAAUUCUGACAAGAACUUUGAAUGUUACUACAGAUGCAGAUGAAUGUAGCAAUGGAGAAAAUCGAUGUGAACAGAUCUGCAUUGAACGUUGUAAGUUCGAAGAUAGUCGAGGCUAUGAAUGCAGUUGUGAAAGAGGCUUCAUAUUAAGUUCAGACAAUGAAACUUGUACAGCUCUUGAUUCCUGCACACUAAAUUGUACGAAUGGAAAAUGUUUCAUUGACCCAGACUCCGAACAGCCUACAUGUUACUGUGACGUUGGAUACUUUUUAGAUGAAACAGGCAGAAUCUGCAAUGAUAUUGAUGAAUGCUUAAGCCUACCAUGUUGGAAUGAAGCCACCUGUGAAGAUUCUAUAAAUGCCUUUUCCUGUAACUGUUUGCCUGGCUAUACUGGCCAACUCUGUGAACAAGUGAUUAACAACUGUGCCAGCAAGCCAUGCCAAAAUAAUGGAUUCUGCCAGAACCGUAUUAAUGAUUACCGUUGCUGGUGUCUUGAUAAUUGGGAAGGCAAAAACUGCAACACAGAUGUUGAUGAGUGUUCACAUGGCUUACACAGAUGUGAUCAGAGUGCUGGAAUAUGUAACAAUGUAUUUGGAUCCUACACAUGUUCUUGCAAAGAAGGAUAUGAAGGUGAUGGCUUCAUUUGUAAAGAGAAACGACUAUUUAACUAUGGACUAGAUUUUGGAGAUGUGAAACUUGUCGGGGAAAGUCAAGAUUUCAACUCUCCAGUUAUUAACAUUCCACAGGGUUUUCCCUUUGAUGAUGCAUUUUACUACAAAUUAUAUUUUUCAGAUAAUGGACUGAUUACAUUUCAAAGAAACAACGAUUAUCUGCAGUAUAUGUACUCAACUCCAUUCUGGGCAUUCAGCAAGUACUCUUAUUUGCAAACUCCACCAAUGAUUGCUGUUUUUUGGGAUGAUGCUGACCUGACAAGAGGAUUAGGGUCCAUUUACUAUCAGGUGUAUGAUUUCAAAAACGAAACUGAUGUUUACAGUCAAACUUUUCAGAGUCAGCUUCAGGAACAUGUCAACGAGUACUAUGGGUCAGAACUGAACAUGACAAGCUUCUCACCUAAAUGGGCACUCAAGGUCACCUGGGAAAAUGUUCUUCCAUACAAUGGCUAUCAAAACACAGACCCUGAUGGUACCAAUACUUACCAGGCAGUCCUAACAACUGAUGGCAUCUUUUCCUUCUGUUUAAUUCAAUUCAAAGAUGGUGGAAUGAACUGGAAAUAUGACAUAAGGCCUUACUACAGAAACUAUGCUCUCAUGGGCUAUUACAGUGGAUCGCUGCGAUCUUACCUUAAUUCAGACAUGAAUCUAGUCUUCAAUGACCCUCACACCAGAUUUAACGUACCACCUGAAAAGAUCUAUCACCCAGAUAUGUACCCUGGGUUUAAAACAGGUAAAAACGGACAUUGGGCUUACCGUCUUGAAAGAAAUAAUAUUUCAACAAUAAACCCAAGACAAAAAUGCAUGGACUGGUAUUUAAGAGAACCUGAAGCUUACUGGAGCAACGACACUUCCCCUUGUCCCUGUACAUUUUGGCAAGCUAUCUUUGAUCGUGCUUUUAUAUGGGGAAACAUCAUAUAUUAUUAUGGGUUUAGUGUUAAAGAUCUCCAAGCGUCAUACCUCACAAUGCAAAGUAGAUUCCCUAACCAGCAAGGUUCUGGAAUGCGAUGCUACUAUUCAUGGAAUGGUGCUUUAAUCCACGGUGAAAAAGAAACUUUUCUGCCAACACCAUGGAUUUACUUUGACUGGUGGACUUGGUGGCAGAAGGGAUACACAUAUUAUAUGGAGAAAUGGAAUGAUUUUUGGUACAAUGUCUUACCACCAUUGAGAAAGCAAUACAGAGAAAUGGAAGUAGACCCUUACCACGACUGUUGCAGAGACUCUGGUGAUGAUUAUUUCUGUAAUCUUUAUCAGACAAAAAGACCUGAGGACCACUGCAUUGGAUAUAUUCCUCCACGGAUAGGUUUCUUCUUUGGAGAUCCUCAUGUGGUGACCCUGGAUAGUGUAAAAUAUACCUUUAAUGGUAUGGGAGAGUUUAUUCUAUUAAAUGUGAUGGAUGAUAAUGAUGCCCUGACAUUCACGUUACAUGGACGAACCCUCAGAGCUGGAGUGAAUAGAACAUCACAGGCAACAAGCUUUGUAGCAUUGGCAGCACAAGGACCAAGUGGAACAAAGGUUCAAUGGAAUCUCAAUGAUGAUGAUGAAAUAAGUGUGAUGAUUGAUGGGAGCAUUUUCGAAGUUACAGAAAAUUCUACUUUUGUAAAACAAGUUACCUUACAAAAGACAAGCGACAAUGAAACAGUGGCUACUUUUGAAGGUGGAACCUCCAUUACUGUUUCAGGAUUGAAGGGGGCUUUGGCUUUCACUACAUCAUUAGAUAAUUCUUUAAAAAAUAAAACAGAAGGACUCUUGGGUGUCUGGAAUGAUGAUAAAACGGAUGACUUCAAAGCUGCUGAUGGAAAAUAUCUUGACUUUGAUGGAACAAAUCUGCCCAAUGACACUCAGAUAUUCUUUCAAUUUGGCAUGACAUGGAAAACAUCACUGAACAACUGCAUAUUCACAUACAACACGACUGCUGGAGAGUCUUGGUACACAUAUAACAACAACAGUUUUGUACCUUUGUUUUAUGAUGAGCUCUUGCGAACUACUGAAAAAGAGAAAAUUGACAAAGCUAAUGAAACUUGUCAAGGAAACGAUGACUGCAUUUUUGAUGUUUUAAGCACAGAUGAUUUAUCUUUUGGAGCAGCAACAUUACAAAGUGUGACGGCAUUUACAGCACAGAAUAGCACAAUGAAUAAUUUCCCACCUAACAUCUCUGGAAGUUCAACCAUUCAAACUCGCCUCAACGAGCCAGUGUUUGUUCUUUUUACUGCAACUGAUAGCAAUGAUGAUGAGGUGACACUUUCAGUGGAGACUGACUCUCCAGAUAUCACAAUUACAGAAAAUGGAAACUUUUCUUGGAAUCCAACUAGCUCCAUCCCAGUGUUUGCCAUAAUACAAGCAAGUGAUUCUAAAGCUGUUUCUGUGUUAGGAUUGACGCUUGUGUUGUGCAACUGCAGUAUCAAUUCAACUUGUGAUUAUUCCAGAUCAAUUUUAAGCACAGCAAUAAACAAUACUGUCUUUAAGGUUGCAGGAUGUCACUGUAACCCUGCCUACACGGGUGAUUACUGCACUGAGGAUUUUGAUGCUUGUCAAGAUAACCAAUGUUUCUUGAAUGACACUUGCAAAGACCAACCUGCACCAUUGGAGGGUUACACCUGUGAUCCCUGUCCAGAUAAUUUAAAAGGAGAUGGGAUUAAAUGUUUUGACUUAGAUGAGUGCCUGGAAAAUGUAUCUUCCUGUGAACAGAUUUGCACAAAUGUGUUUGGAGGAUACAACUGCAGCUGCAAUGAGGGUUACGCAGUAAGCACACUCAACAGCUCCUUGUGUACUGACAUUGAUGAGUGCAGUAGUACUUCUGCAUGUCCAAAAAAUGCUGACUGUCAAAAUACAAUAGGAAACUACACAUGUGUGUGCAAGUCUGGAUAUGAAGGGGACCCACACAAAUUCUGCAUCGAUAUAAAUGAAUGUCUUGACUACAAUGCUUGUUCAAGUCGCAAUUCGAUUUGUACCAAUACUGAGGGUUCUUACAUCUGUAAUUGUUCACUAGGAUAUGAAGGAUCCAAUUGCUCAGUUAUCAAUGGGUGUGUCUCAUGCUCGCCAAAUUCACAAUGUACAUUUGAUGGCCAAAGUUAUUACUGUACUUGCAAACCAGGAUUUUCAGGGAAUGGUACCACCUGCAUUCCAUUGACAAGACCAUGUGACUCUUCCCAAUGUUCACCAUCAUUCUGCAAAAAUGGAGGAACCUGUGUACCCAACCCUGAUGACGGCUGCAAACCUUUCUGCGAGUGUCCACGUCAGUACAGAGGGGAGCAGUGCACACUUGCAAGUUUGCAGUUUGUUGCAGAACCAUUGCCAACCAUGCCAAAGAGAUCAGUCAAUAUUACAUUGAGGCUGCAGGGAAUCAAUGUGACUGUUUUAAGUAACAGAAGCAGUGCAAAUUACAUCUCCCUGACUAAUAGCACUGCAGUAAAGGUUUUUGAAAUUUUGUCCAGAUUGCAAAGAUUUGCUGACAAUUCAAAGCCCAUUUUCUGGUCAGAUGGAGAAACAGUAACUGCUGCUGUUGUGGCAUUAUUCAAUUAUAAUGGAAACAAGGUGGUGAUUGAUUUCCUGAAUGAUGGAUUAUAUGCUGCAGUUCAGAACACUUUUAACAAUUUACAGCGGUUUGCUCGUGCCCUGACCCCGGAUGCUAUUUCUUUUGAACAUCUAAAUAGGAUCGACAUUACAGAUAUCAGUAAAUUAUCAUACGAUGAUGUGUUGAAUCAUUCAAGCUGCAAUAACACUGAAUUUGCUGGGUAUGUGCUUGAAUGGAACGAUGAAAGUGGAGUGAUUUGCAGAUCCCCCUGUGAUUUGAAUUAUUGCCUGAAUGAGGCGGAGUGUCAGCAUCUGACAACUGGACCAAUGUGCAAAUGUGUUUCACGGGCAAUAUAUUCCAGUCAUGGCGAUCGCUGUGAACACCUAUCUCUGACGCUUGGAGCAUUUUUUGGCAUUCUGUUUGGAGCUUUGGGGCUCUUGCUGAUAAUAUCCUUGCCUGUUGUUAUGUGGAAACACAAAUCAUCUAACAAGGAAAGACUCAUAAAUGAGAAUGACAGCACUGCAAGUGGUGAAAAUUAUGGAAGAUACUAUUCACAACCGAAUGUAUGGUAAACAAACAACAGAAAAUUCGACACCCAGUACUGUACUCUGUAAUUCCAUGAUCCUACACACAAUGGAACACUGUUGAAAGUUAUGAUUACAAUUCACUCUGCUUCUAUGACUAAUUCUUCGGAGCACAGGGUUUCCUCUAAUGAAACACUGAAAUUACUAAGACUGUAUGAAUUUUACUUAAAUUAGAUAUUCUCUUGUUUAGAAAGCAAACAAAAGGAAAUUGAAAAUGGAUAUUCUUAAACUAUCAAAAUAGCAAUGAAGAAUUCAACUGACAGCAUUUAGCUAAAAUCAUACGAGAACAAAAAAAUUCACAUUUGUAUAAUUGCUAAUUUUUCCAUUAUUUUGUGUUUAAAAUCAAAGAUAUUUUACAAUUUUUCUUGUUUGUAUAAAAUUGCUAAUAUGAAUAUGUAAUCAAAUUAAAUGUAAAUAUAUUUACAUGCAAUUCUUGUUAAGAAAGGAUCAAUCUAAUGCUCAAGAAUACUUUCUUUAACACAGCAAAAUGGAAUUUAUAUUUAUGAAGGGGUUUAGAGUUCUUUUGAUAUGCUUGGAAUCGAAUCAUUUAAAUAUUAUGCAAAUUUUUAUAUAAGAAGUUCAAUUACAAAGAUAUGCUAUACAGCAACUUACAAAUAAAUAAGUCUAAUCAAAAGAUUUUGAUCAAAUUACUUCUCUUUAUCAGUUUCCCUUUUUUAUAUCAAAGAUAGCUAUUUCUUCUGUAGAAGCAUCCCUUACAAGUCCUAAUGCAGCAUUGGAGCCCAAUUGCAAAGCGAUAUGACCGUUCCAAGUUGCAGGCGAGAAUGAAUUGUCAGAUAUUGUUGGGACUGUACAGUCUUUCUAUACUACUUUUUGUCUUUUAUUGCCUGUACUCUUGAGCUUACAUUGACUCAUUACAAAAUCCAAAUGCAGAAGUAUAUACUUUGAGUAAAUCUACUCAAAAUCUGGAUUUUACUGCAUUACUCUCUUAUCUUAUAUACCCAACAUCAGUGACUGAUAUAACUGCACCACUCUCAUAUCUUAUGUACCAACAACACUGACUGAUAUGAAACUAAUUAAUAUACUCAUUAAUAGUUGUGCUCAAAUCCAGUAUUAAGAAUAGAAUAGAAUCCUUACAGUGUGGAAACAGGCCCUUUUGCCCAACACAUCCAGACCAACCCUCACAGCAUCCCACCCAGACCCAUGCGCCUAUAACUCACCUAAUCUCUGCAUCCCUGAAGACUAUGGGCAAUGUGGCAUGGUCAAUACACCUAACCUGCACAUCUUUGGACUGUGGGAGGAAACCACAGCACCCAAAGGAAACCCAUGCAGACACGGGGAGAAUGUGCAAACUCCACAUAGAUAGUCGCCUGAGGCUGGAAUUGAACUCGGGUCCCUGGCACUGUGAGGCAGCAGUGCUAACCACUGAUCCACCAUUAAAUUAAUAUGUCCACUAAAGCACUUUACCUUGAUUAAAACUGUAUCUUUAAAUCUAGAAGAAUAAUAUAAUUUUGUUUGUCAAGAACAAUUGUUAAUUAUUAACUAUGGAUUGAAGUGAAACAAUAAAGCAAUAAUAACAUAUUCACAAAGAUUAUGCCAGCUGACUAACUUACUGUCCUUUGGUUCACUCUCCUUAAUUAGCUGACAGCCUUCCAAUCCAAGGUUAAGGCACUUUUGAUGGGACUAGCUUGUUUUAAUGCAUCAACUACUGUUUAGUACAUUUCUCCCUUAAUCUCCUGAAAUCUUAACCAAUGUUGGAAAAGAGACAGCAAUCAUACAGGAAACACAAAUUACAUUUCUUUCCAGGACAUGAUGGCAAAAUCAUGUUGAGAAAACCAACUGCACGAUUGGAUACUCCACCACUGACAGAUUAUUGAGUUAGGAACAAACAGCAAUGCAUCUCCUUAAAAUGCCGAUACCAGUGGUAUGAAAUGGAAUCUCACGACGCAGACAUUGGUGCACUAGCAUAUAGCGUUUAAAUGCACAAUUUUUUAAAAAACUGAUGAUAUUCGGAUAAGCCCAUCAAUUUCAAGACAACACAAACCAUUGUUCAGAUGGGAUACUCUAGAUUGGUGAACUCUGGCUUAAUUUACAGGUCUACUACAUACCUCCUUGUUAGAGAAGUGGAGGAAUUGAUGACUCCACGCUUUCUGUGACUACAAGGAGGAAAACAGAAAAGCAGAUGCAAAAGUUAAUAAAAUGUGAG